AGGUUAGGCCUUCUAAGGCGCCGCAGUAGUGGCCGAGAGCUGCGGUUAUGACAGACGGGAAAUUUCCACUUGGGAUUGUUCCUGUCAGAUUGUAGGAUGAAUAUGAGUGAGGGUAAACCCUAGGGAAUCCAAUAAUUUGGCUGAUUAAGGAUCUGAUUCUGGUUUGGGAAAUCCCAGGGAAAACCAGAAGAUGGCUGAUAUAGGAUCUAAAAGGGGAAAUCCCAGGGAAAACCAGAAGAUGGCUGAUCUAGGAUUUAAAAGGGGAAAUCCCAGGGAAACCCAGAAUAUGGCUGAUAUAGGAUCUAAAAGGGGAAAUCCCAGGGAAAACCAGAAGAUGGCUGAUCUAGGAUUUAAAAGGGGAAAUCCCAGGGAAAACCAGAAGAUGGCUGAUAUAGAAUCUAAAAGGGGAAAUCCCAGGGAAAAGCAGAAUUUGGCUGAUCUAGAAUCUGAUCGGGGAAAUCCCAGGAAAAAACUGAAGAUGGCUGAUCAAGGAUCUGGUGUGGGAGUUUCUAAAAAAUCCAAUAAUAUGGCUAAUCAAGGGUUCUGUGGGGUAAAACCUGCUGAAACGAUGGCUGAUGAAGAUUGCUUGACAAUGACAACUAUCGCAAAAGAACUGAUGAGAAAGAAUCAAAGUAUUAAAGAUUUUGCUGUCCCUGUCUGCCUAGAUGAGUUGAGAAGAAAGGAUGGUAAAACAAAAAUAAACAAAGAGCUUCUUGAGAAUUGGAUUGAGAAUGGGAUAAAAGAGGGGCUCAAAUACUAUCAAUCUAUCUUCUCAGGAAUAGUGACACAAGUUUGCCAAAUCAUUCAGAUUCUCAGAAAGUAUAUUUCUGACAACAACAAUAUUACAGGAAAUAUCGUUCCUCCAAAGCGUAUUACAAGAGAUAUAGGAAUGUACGUCGAUCUCAGUCAUCUAAAUCCAAAGAAGAAAAAGGAUAAACAACGUAAAUCCGGGAAGGAGAAUUCUAUUACAGACAAACAGAAUUCCAUGGAAAAGAAGGAUGAGCAAUCUACUGAUGAAAAGAGGAGCUCAAGUUCAUCUGAGACAAGGGCUAGUGGUACUUCAAGUGCCCCUACUCCCAUGACCUUAAACCCAAAAGAAACAUCUGUAAAAACAACUAACCGCUUAUCAACUUUGCUUCCUGCUACUCCUGUUCCAGGCAAAUCUACCCCUUUACCAUCUCUUUCAAUCAUUCCCGUGGUGACUUUAAAAGAAUCUCAGAAGUCAGAAUCUCAAGAAUGUUGCUCUCCUUCUCACCCUGCAACAUCAAAUUCAUUAAUAAAAUCUGAACUUUCAGGGCCAUCUUCCACAGAAAUAGUAUCCAAUUUAGUUGACACAUCUGAUAUCAAACCUUUAUCUGGACUAUUAAGAGAUCCAUUUCAACCAGAUGAAUGUUUUCCAGAUAUACCCAAUGUACUGGUUACCUGCCCUGGUUCACUAGAUGCAGAACCUGUAAUAAAUCUAAACAUUAAACUGGAGGAUUGUGAAGUGGAAGAACCUCAAACCACACAGAUUCAGGACUCCCCAAUCUUCUCACUACCUGAUCAUACUUCCCUCUUAGGAACCAGAUCUGAUUCUAUGGAUUGUGUUGAUCGAGAAAGUGCAAACUUGAAAAACAUUCAAAAUAUUGACAUCCAAAGUGUUUUAGAAAGGAAUCUAUUGUUGAUGACCAAGAAUAGUAUUAAAAGAAAGGGAACUCAGAUUGAAGAUGUCCCAGAAGCAAAAAGAGUUAAACCUGCUGACAUCCAAACAUCCAACAAGAAAUUUUCCCCUCAGAGAAAUGAAGAGAGAACUAACAGUAUUGACGCUAUUGAUGAUGUAUUGCCUUACACUAAAUGUUUAAGAUGCUUCCAAUUUUUCAAGACUGAAGAUUACCUCACCCAUGCACAGACCGAGCAUGAUUAUAACUGUUCAGGAUGCAACUACAGUUUUCCUAGCACUGGACAGGAAAAUGCUCAUAUAAUUUUACAGCAUAGAUUUCAAUGCAGCAUGCAAUUUGCCAAAGAUACCCAACUAACUGUACAAACAGAAUCUUUUAUCAAUGCAAUGUCAAAUAAAGUUCUUCCUGAAGAAUCUGAAGAGACUGUGUCCAAGGCUAGCAGUAAGCUGAAAAGGAAGAAUCCAAGGAGGAAAGAAGAAGUAAAUUCACUAAAUCGACAAAGUGAAGCGAAAAAAUCGUCUGAAACUUUAAAUCAUGUUCUGACAGACCAUUGCUAUAUACCAAGCAUACAGAUCAAAACAAUUCUGGGCCCUACAUCUUCUGACACUGAUUCAGUUUGUAGCAUGAACGAAUACUUUGAUAAAUCUGAACAAAUCCUAGAUAAAUUCAAUAUUUGUAACAUUCAGAAUUAUGUGCUAGCACAAGAUACGGAACCUGUCAUGUCAGCAGGCAUUGAUGAAUCAUCUGUUUUAGACGAGAUACUACAAAAUGAAAUUAAUAGGUCGAACCGUAUGGAAUCUACAAUCAGUCCCUACUUUUCGUCCAGUGUAUCCCAACUUUCCAGAAGUAACACAAGGGAAUUAUCUAUGGCUAUGGGCCUAUCUCAUCUACCUUCAAGCCAACCCUCUAUAGCAGAAAAUAAAUCAAAAAUGCCAAUCACUGAUGACUCUUUGUCAGAAUGCAAUUCCUUGUUGCUAGUCAGCCAAUCUUCUACACAAAUGAAGAAACCUGCUUUGGAUCCUAUUUCACUGCCUGAAGUAAUCUCAUCUCCCACACAAGACUUAUCCUUACAACCUGUUGAUGCACAGCUAGGUUUAUCUGGACAAACUGAUCAGGCACAGAUAAACAUUUCUAAAGAAUUAGACGAUCAAGCUUUAGACUUAUCUGUCAAGCAGAACACAGCUGCGAAGGUUACAGCUCCUGAAAAUGCUUCCUCUAAAGCAGCAAUUAAUGUUAAAUCUGCGACAGUGGCAAAAGACGAUGCAGCAAAUAAAGCCAGGGCUAAUGCAUUUAUCAAUGCAAUAACUACUGCCAUUGGUAAGAUAAGAACUGGAGCUGAAAUUGUUGCUGAGCUGAAACCUGUUGCUGAAUCAAACAUUGUUGAAGAAGUGAAUAAAGCUGCAGAAGCCAAUAAAGUAGUAGAAGAAACCAUUAAUGAGGUAAAAAUUCCUUCUAAAGCAAAGACGGACCUUGAAUCCAAAACAAGAAUAUCUAACAGAGAAGAAACAAAUCCUGAAAUAAAAUUAAGUAAUGAAGCAUCCGGAUAUGCAGAUGAAAUAGCUCCUGAAUCACCCUUAGUGAAAGCUAGAAUAGCUUCUGAAUCAGUAGUUGAAACUGAAAUAGCUUUUGAAUCCGUAUUUGAAGACAAAAAAGCUCUUGAUUCCAAAGUCGAAGGUAAAAUAGCUCCUGAUUCCGUAGAUGAAGGUAAUUUAGAUCCUGAAUCAGAAGUUGAAGCUAAAAUAGAUUCGGAACCCAUAGUUGAAGAUAAAAUAGCUCCUGAAUCUGGUUUUGAAGAUAAGAUAACUCUUGAAUCCGUAGUUGAAGGCAAAUUAAAUCCUAAAUCAGUAGUUGAUGAUAAAAUAGAUUCUGAACCCACAGAUGAAGAUACGAGAGCUCCUGAAUCCGGAGUAGUUGAAGCCGAAAUAGCUCCUGAAUCCAGAGUUAAAACUAAAACAUUCUCUGAAUCUCGAGGUAAAACUAAAAUAGUGGCUGAAUCCAGAGUUGAAACUAAAGCAUCGACUGAAUCCAGAGUUAAAACUAGAGUUAAUUCUAAACUUAUAUCUAAACCAAAAGUUCCAACACAUAAAGAAGAAACCCAAAAAGAUAAUACACGAGCGAAAUCAAGUUUAAAUCAACUCACUAGUUCUCAAACAGAUAAGAAAGUCAAGCUAGCCAAGAAAACUUUGUCAAGUAAAUCAGUUAGUUCGUCAGCACUUGACAAAAAACCAGAUUUAUCAUCAUCAUCUAGUGGUAAAAAACCAGAUUUAUCAUCAUCAUCUAGUGGUAAAAAACCAGAUUUAUCAUUAUCAUCAUCUAGUGGUAAAAACCCAACUGAACCGGUACCUGAACUUUCUGCUUCAGUUGCAAGUGAACCGAAUCAUAUUCAACUUGUGUGGGAUAUCAAGAGUUUCAACGAGAAGACCUUUUCAAAGAUAACUUAUUUCAACCUCAAGUAUUGCAAGGUUGGUGAGAAGAAUAAAGAUGGACAAAUUGAUUUGACUGAUUUCAAGAAGACACCUCCUAUACCUGCGAACGGUAAACCUAGUGGACAAUGUGAGAUUGGUCCACUUGGUGCAGGACAUUAUAUCUUCAAAAUCAGAAGUGUGGAUGAGAAUGGAGGGAAGAGCAAAUUCUCAGAAAGAGCAUUUUUCCAGAUCAAAUAAGAUAGUUUUGAAACAUUUUGUUUGUUUAGUUCGAACAGUAUCUUGAAAAGAGCAUUGGGGUUUAUCCUUUGUUCUCUAAAUAUUACUUUACUCCAUUUAUCGUUCUUUUUAAAACUCUUAUAUUCAAACCCUUACAAUCAAGCAACAUAUGUUUUACAAAAUAGUUCUCCUAGAUUAAUGGGUUUAAUUUAGGAAGAAGUCUCAUUAUGGUUAAGUUUUCAGUUUUUUACCAUUUGAUAUCGUCUAAAGUCAAAAACUUUCUACAUUUUUUCGGUUUAAACCUUUGAAUGUUUUAGUUGUUCACUUUAGUGUACACUGACAUUCAUUGUCUGAAAGAUUAUGAUAUUAGUGCCUUUUCAAUAUGGUAAAUUGCUAAUUGUGCCUUUGAUUGUUCCAUGAUGUGAUCAGAAAGUAAUCUGAAAAAUUUACUUUUUCUACCGUAUAUUAUAAUUAUUAAUGUAUGCGGGAUUAUCAGAAUAAGAGAAAUUUAUUGUAAUGUUGUUAAACGAAUAAAUAUAUUUUUGAAGAUUUAAA